CGGUCGUAAAGCGAUCAAUUUGUCGUGAAUAAAAGCUGUCGUGGAGUUGUUUUUGUCACUCCGUUACAGAUGAACUUUGUGUGCUCCUUAUCAAAUGUCGAUAUGCCAAUGUUCGAACAUUGUGCAUAAAUGGCGUCGUAAUGGGAGGAAACUGCUUAAGUAUAAGGUUAUUUGUAUCCCAUAAUGGUUUUCGCCCAGACGGUUGGCAAUUUAAGAGAUUAUGUGUCCAGUAAUCCUCCAGCAGUGGCCUUUUUCCUGUGUCUCCUGACACUGGCUGUCUCAUUCACCAGCCUUGGGUCUUACAGCAGCACCCACACCCUGCCCAACCCUGACACAGAAAAGGACUGGAACCAUGUUUUUUCCACCUUAUCAAAGUUUCAUCUGUGUGUAAAAGCUGAAUGGCGCACAGAUGAACCGGUGACUCCAGAUCCUUCUCUUCUGACCAAAGAGAGAACAGAUGGAACAACUCGGUCACUUGACUCGACAAUACAGACUCCAUCAGUGACCACUUUGCGACUCAAGGUUCCUGUGUCUGUAACAAGCAGCCCUGGCCUACCAAAUGAUGUGGCCCUAUUCACAGCUAUGACAGCCAGUCAGUUAUGUCUUGGGGGCAAUGAAAUUGUCACUCUGGAGAUCCACCCUGAAAAUGAUACCUGUACCUGUCUCGUUAUAAAAGCCCAAGCAGAUCUCCUUCCCAUGAGACUACUUCCUCCAGAGUGUCCUGCAUCUGAGAGCAACCUUUCAUCUGUCCAUGUUGAGGCAAUGAAUCAACCACCAACAGCAUCACAAGCCUGCUAUGGUCUUCUUUCCAGGAACGACCCCGCUCUCACCGUCAUGUUAACAAAGGAGGAGCAAUGGGUUGCAGUGCGACAUUUGAUGGAAGUCAGUGUGUGUCUGAUAGUUGUUUGUUUAUUACUUUGUUUAGUUGCAAGCCUGACACAUCCACCGAUACGCAGCUACCACAGGAAGGGGCUGGAUCUCCAAAAUGCAGAUACACCGAACCUUUGAUGCCUAAACAUUUUAUCAACUCAAUAUUGAAAGACUGCAUCACCAUGAGAACCAUUUUUUGCAACCAGUUUUCUUACAUCCAAUGGCUGUCAAGAUGUCUGCGAUAUUAACCUUUGUGCCUUAAAAAUAUUUUUGAUGUAGUCCUGUUCUGUAUCUAGUUUGUAAUUCAGGAAUUGUAUACAUUGGUUCUGACUCUGAACAUUUCAAGGAGAAAUAUGUUAAACCUUCCCCUGUUAAAACCAAAUGUUGGGGGUGAACUUUUUUCAGAGGACACAAUACUGUUACGAUCUUAUUUGGAUAAUAAAAGACAAUGCAUACACGGUA